AUGGACUACGAGGCUCUCAAGGAGCAGUGGAGCGAGAUUGAGGACCGCGAUGGCGUUCGCCUGAGCUGGAAUGUCUUUCCAAGCACUCGCAUGGAGGCAUCCCGUCUCGUGGUCCCGAUCGGAGCUCUCUAUACCCCGUUGAAGGAGAAGCCUGAUACCCCUCUGCUUCAAUUCGAGCCUGUCACAUGCAAGCAGCCCUGCCGUUCAGUUCUGAACCCUUACUGCCAAGUCGAUGUCCGCGCUCGUCUCUGGACGUGCCCCUUUUGCCUUUCGCGCAACCCUCUGCCUCCCCAUUACAAGGACAUCACCGCCAAUGCGAUCCCUCCCGAGCUGCACCCUUCGAACACGACUAUUGAGUACAGGCUCUCUCGACCGGCACCCAGCCCCCCUAUCUUCCUCUAUGUCGUUGAUAUGUGCCAGGAGGAGGACAGCUUGGCUGCCCUCAAGGAGUCUCUGAUCAUGAGCCUGAGCCUUCUGCCCGAGAACGCUCUGGUCGGUCUGAUCACUUAUGGCACCAUGACCCAUGUUCACGAGAUCGGCUAUACCGAGUGUGCAAAGUCCUAUGUAUUCCGUGGCAGCAAGGAAUACGGCCCUAAGCAGGUCCAGGAGAUGCUCGGUUUGACUCAGCCUGCCCUGCGUCCCGGCAUGCAGCCGCAACCCGGCCGACCCAUGCCCAUGGGCCCUGCCGCACGAUUCCUGCUCCCGGUCGCGCAAUGCGAAUUCCAGUUGACCAAGGCGCUUGAGCAGCUGCAGAAGGACCCUUGGCCCGUUGCCAACGACCGCCGAGCUCUUCGUUGCACCGGCGUUGCUCUGAGCGUCGCCGUCGGUCUGCUUGAGUCGUCCUUCCAGAAUGCGGGUGGCCGUAUCAUGCUCUUCGCUGGCGGUCCUGCCACUGAGGGCCCGGGCAUGGUUGUCGGUCCUGAGCUGAGGGAGCCUAUUCGCUCUCACCACGAUAUCGACCGUGACAACAUCAAGUACUACAAGAAGGCUCUGAAGUUCUACGAUAAUCUCGCCAAGCGGACUGCUCACAACGGACACAUCAUUGAUGUGUUUGCGGGCUGCCUUGACCAAGUCGGUCUUCUCGAAAUGAAGGGCCUGUGCAACUCCACUGGAGGACACAUUAUUCUCACUGACAGCUUCACCUCCUCCAUGUUCAAGCAGUCCUUUGUUCGCGUGUUUGAGAAAGAUGGCGACGACAAUCUGCUGAUGGGUUUCAACGCUGUCCUGGAGGUGUUGACCACCAAGGAGCUCAAGGUCACGGGCCUGAUCGGACAUGCCGUUUCGCUUAACAAGAAAUCGACAUCCGUGGGCGAGACCGAGUGUGGUAUCGGCAAUACGUGCUCGUGGAAGAUGUGCGGCAUCGAUCCCAACGCGAGUUACGGUAUCUACUUCGAGAUCGCUCAAGGUGGUCCUCAGCAGCACGCACAGGUCCCUCAGAAGGGCAUGAUGCAGUUCCUCACGUACUACCAGCACUCCUCAGGCCAGUUCCACCUGCGUGUGACUACCAUCGCCCGGAACCUCAGUGGCCCAUCAGGCGACCCGGCCAUUUCCCAGUCUUUCGACCAGGAGGCAGCUGCAGUAUUGAUGUCUCGGAUUGCCGUCUUCAAGGCCGAGGUGGAUGACGGUCCGGAUGUCCUUCGCUGGGUUGAUCGGAUGUUGAUCAGGCUUUGCUCAAGGUUUGCCGACUACCGCAAGGAUGACCCGUCGUCCUUCCGUCUUGAGAAGAACUUCACUCUCUACCCGCAGUUCAUGUUCCACCUGCGGAGAAGUCAGUUCCUACAGGUCUUCAACAACUCUCCUGAUGAAACCGCCUUCUACAGGCACGUCCUGAACCACGAGGACGUGAGCAACUCGCUCGUGAUGAUCCAGCCCACCCUGGACUCUUACACCUUUGACCAGGAUGGUGGCCAGCCCGUACUUCUGGAUUCCACCUCCAUCCAGGCCACCCACAUCCUGCUCCUCGACACCUUCUUCCACAUUCUCAUCUUCCACGGAGAGACCAUCGCUGAGUGGAGGAAAGCUGGCUACCAGGACCAGGAGGGCUAUGAGAACUUUGCCGCCCUCUUGGAGCAGCCCAUUGAGGAUGCUAAAGAUCUCAUCACUGAUCGCUUCCCGCUGCCCCGUUUCAUUGUCUGCGAUGCUGGCGGAUCGCAAGCUCGCUUCCUGCUUUCUAAGCUGAACCCGUCGACCACUCACACUACGGGUGCAUAUGGCGGUGUUGGAGCACAGACGGCUCAGACUAUCUUCACAGACGAUGUCUCCCUGCAGACAUUCAUGGACCACCUCAUGAAGCUGGCCGUGAGCGCUCCCAAGUUCGACCCCAACGAGGUUAAGGUCAUCCACCUCCGUGCGACCGGUGGUGAGGUCGGUGCCUCCUCGGCAUUGGCUCCCAAGAUCGGUCCUCUUGGUCUUUCGCCCAAGAAGGUCGGUGAAGAUAUCGCGAAGGCCACUGGCGACUGGAAAGGUCUCCGCGUGACCGUCAAGCUCACCAUCCAGAACCGUCAAGCCGCCGUCUCCGUUGUUCCCACAGCCAGCUCCCUGAUCAUCCGGGCGCUCAAGGAGCCGCCCCGCGACCGCAAGAAGGAGAAGAACAUCAAGCACAACAAGUCAGUCUCUCUCGAUGAGAUCAUCGACAUUGCGCGGACGAUGCGGUACAAGUCCUUCGCCAAGGAGCUGAAGGGCACCGUCAAGGAGAUUCUGGGUACCGCUUUCAGUGUUGGCUGCCAGGUCGACGGCAAGGCCCCUCAGAGCGUCAUUGAGGCAAUCGAUGCUGGAGAGAUUGACAUUCCCGAAGAGUAG